UACAGGGAAAUACUUCGUAUGUCACUGUUCAGACCAUUGCUUAUGAUUUCCAAAAUCCGAAUUCUCCACAAUGUUUCUCUCGUUGUCUCAUCGAUUAACCUUCGAACUCUCCCGUGAUCUCAUGUGCUAUCUGCCGCAGCACAUUCACACCCAUACACAAGCUGCACGAUUCCUUCACUGAUUUAGAAGGUAAAUGUCCAGGCCCAAACUGUUAUUUCGUCAUCUUGGUGGAUCAGGUGUGAUAUACCGUAACCUGGUCUGCUUGUCAUUUUAUUUCAGCGAAGCAGCAGGUCUUUUUAAGAGCGCCAGCUCAUGUACCCCGUUCAGCAAAGCACCAUACUCGGCUGACGUCUUGUGUGGGCGGAGUGCAGUGUCAGCGUGCCGGCUUGCAGACUGCCUCCGACAUGGGAGCUGUCCAUAGGAGAGCAAUGUUUCUGUAGCAUUUCCUUAUAUUUGAAUUAGAUCAACUUUUUCAAAGCAUCUCGAACUCUAAAACAGUUGAUUUAUUGGAUGCAAAAAAAAAAAGCUCUUCAAAAGCCAUUUUCGAAUACAUCCUCGCAGAGAGACAUCCGUCUUCGCCUUGCUUUCGGAAUUGUAAAGCUGAAGCAUCGUGAGUUGAGGUGUGUUCGUACGAAGAUCUGUCAGAAACCGACGUGGCCGUAAAGGAAAUAAAACAGUCCCCCUCGUUAAUCUAGCAUUACUGCAAAUGCCGUUUGGAGGCCGCAUGGAGUUCGCUAAUCAGACAUGCCAAGACUGAAGGGAAGCAGCUGAUGAUGGCUGAAAGCUUCUUGAAAAUCAUGCUUGCCUAUAACUGGAUUUCUUUAUGACAGACUAUUUUGAUUCUGGGAUUUUGAAGGACUGAGAAGAGCGAAAAAUGUCGAAGAAAAGUCGGGGAAAGAGUGAAAAGCCUGAGGCUCUGAUAGAUGCCUUACAGGCUACAAAUGAGGAGCUGAGGACUAAAUUGAUAGAUAUUCAGAUUGAGCUCCAGCAGGAGAAAACCAAGGUUUGUAAGCUGCGGGAAAAGCUACAGGAGGCAAAGCAGGCCCGGGAGCUGGAGCAGCACAAGCACACCGUCCUGGUGACCGAUCUGAAGGCCAAACUCCACGAGGAGAAAAUGAAGGAGCUGCAGGCCGUGCGCGAGGUCCUCAUCAAGCAGCAUGAGCAGGAGCUCUGCCGGGUCGUCAAGAUCCGAGACAGCGAGCUGCACCGCCUGCAGUCCCUGGUCAACGUGCUGCGGGACGGGGCCGCCGACAAGGUGAAGACCGCUCUCCUGGGCGAGGCGCGGGAGGAGGCCCGGCGCACCUUCGACGUUGAGCGCAACAAGCUGCAGCAGGAGAUCCUGGAGCUCAAGUCUUCCAAAAAGCAGGUGGAGGAAGCCCUGGCCAACGUCAUGAAGGCCGACAAGGCCAAAGCAGCAGACCUGAGGACGGCCUACCAGUCACACCAGGAUGAGGUGAACCGGAUCAAACGGGACUGCGAGAAAGACAUCCGCAGGCUGAUGGACGAGAUCAAAGGCAAGGACCGGGUGGUUCUGGCUCUGGAGAAGGAGCUGGGUGUCCAGGCGGGUUACGCUCAGAAGCUGCUGCUGCAGAAGGAGGCCCUGGACGAGCAGCUGGUGCAGGUGAAGGAGGCAGAGCGGCAUCAUGGGAGCCCCAAGCGCGAGCUCCCUCCCGUGCUGGGCGACGCCGCCGACUUUAUCCUCUGUCAGGAGCAGCAGCUGGAUGAGAGGGAUGUGCGGCGCUUUCAGCUGAAGAUCGCGGAGCUCAACGCAGUCAUUCGCAAGCUGGAGGACAGGAACACGCUGUUGGCCGACGAGAGGAAUGAGCUGCUGAAACGUGUCAGAGAGACAGAAAGCCAGAUGAAGCCCCUAUUUGAGAAGAACAAGAGGAUGUCGAAGAAAAACGAGGACCUCCUGCAGUCCUUACAGCGCAUGGAGGAGAAGCUGAAGAACCUGACAAGGGAGCAUGCCGAAAUGAAGGAGAAAUUACAUUCCCAGACGCAAACUGCUCUGAAGAGACCGAGUUCCCUCAAUGAUCUCAGCCACACGCACGAGGAGCAGGAGAUCGAGUUCCUCAAACUGCAAGUGGCUGAGCAGCAGAGCAUGAUCGACGACUUGACCGUGGUGAGCUUGGAGCGUGACAGAUUGAGACUCUCCAAAAAAACCAAGAGGAAAAGCAUCAAGCUCCCAAAGAGGCAUGUUGUGGAGACAUAUUUUGGAUUUGAUGAAGAAUCUGUGGACUCUGAGACCUCCUCUUUGACAUCUUACACCACAGACAGAACAGACAGAACUCCAGCUACUCCUGAAGAAGACUUGGAAGACGGAAUUUCCAGAGAAGAGUCUGAGCUGCGGUUCAGGCAGCUGACACGAGAGUACCAGGCUCUCCAGAGGGCCUACGCUCUCCUUCAGGAACAGGUGGGAGGGACUCUGGAUGCUGAGAGGGAAGCAAGGACCCGUGAGCAGCUGCAUGCAGAUCUAAUAAGAUACCAGGGGAAAAUUGAAGACCUUGAGAAAUCCCUGGCAGAGAGGGGGCAGGACUCCAAAUGGGUGGAAGAAAAACAGCACCUCAUCAGAACAAAUCAGGAGCUCUUCGAGAAGAUCACAAAACUGGAGCUGAACGAGAGCCGUCUCAAGACUGAGAUGCAAGAUGUAAAGGACCAGAACGAGCUGUUAGAGUUCCGAGUGCUAGAACUUGAAGAACGAGAGCGCAGGUCCCCAGCUUUUAAUCUCCAUAUAGCAGCCUUCUCGGAGAACAACAGUAGUGCCCUGCAGCUGCACUGCCACCAGGAGGGCAUCAAGGAUGUUGUUAUUCCUGAUCUCAUGAAGAAACUUGAUAUUCUUGGAGAUAAUGGAAACCUGAGGAAUGAGGAACAGGUUGCCGUGAUACAAGCAGGCACAGUGCUGUCACUUUGUGAAAAGGCCUCGACAAUGUUAUCAAUGACUUUGACCAAGAUUUCUGCACACAACCUUGGAUAUCUUUGGAUUGUCACCAACAGUAACCCCCUGUAUCUUAUGGGAUACCUGUGAGCCUCAUCAGAGUUGUAUCUAAUGCUAACUCUGCUACAUGAACUGUGGGUCUGUGCUACAUGACUACCUACAUGUAGUAUGCAUUUCAGAAUAAGGCGUGUAUAGGUCUUUUCCCCUGUUGGGGUGAGGGCUUUUAGCCAUUUAGCCAGUGGGAUGAUUCCACAUUUUGGGAGUAAAGGACAGCUACUGAUUACAAAUUCUGAGGAAAAGCUACGUGAAAACCGACUUACAGUACAUGCUUCAACCCUUUGGUCAAAUGGCAUGGGCAUUUGUAAGUUAUAAGUGGGGAUAUAUUGUUUUUAUGUUUGUAAUGUUUUUUGUUACAAGUAUCAUGUAUUCUUGUACUUUUUAUCCUGUUGCUUUAAACUAACAAUACAUUACUGAUGAUUUGACUCACCCGAUGUGUGAGCAAAAAUAACCACAGAAUCAUGGAUUUUCAGUCUGAAAUAUGUCACAUUAUUACAAUGAAAACAUUAAGUUAGAAUUGGGUAUGAGUUGGAUCUUACUAGGCAUUUGCACAGCCCUGAUAGGAUUGAUGCCCAGACCUGGUUGGCCUCUGGACAGCUUGCUGUGGCGUGUUCUGCCAUUCUUCCUGUGUACCUGCUGUCAGCUGGCAGAGGUUGGCUGGUACCAGGGCUCUCCUAUUGACGGCCUUGGGGAGUUGGUUGCACAUAAAGACCUUGACAUUGUUCUACUUUAGUUUUGUCAUUGUAAUCUUAGCAUUGUGUGGUGUUACAGUCAUUCCACUGAUAGGCAGGUUACUUCUUCCUGUGGAAUUUAAUGUGCUGUAAGCAUUUGCAAUCUAAAAGCAAUUUCUGCAAAAGGGUUCUGAUGUUCCACCUGGGACAACUGAGUGACCCUCUGCUGUCCAUCAUGUGGCCAUGUUCAUGCUCGCUCUUGAAUAGUCUCAAGAUGGUUGAAGCAGAACACCCCAUUCUUUGGGCGGCUUCUUUCUUUGAUGGCCUACCUUCAGUCAUGCCAAUUACAACACAGUGUUCUUUGUUACUUGUGUAGAACAAAGUUACAUGGCUUACUGUUUCUUCAUUUAUUCAAAAAAAAUCAUGUCUUUUUGAGUGGUUAUUUAUACAUAUUCGUAACUUAAUUUAGGGGUUUUAAGUUGCAUAAGCAACAGUGAGCACUGGACAUUAUGAAAUCACAUGACAAGCUCAGUAUUUUGUUGAAAGGCCAAGGUACAAUAAUAAUAAUCAAUAAACCUAUCUGCUAUUUAAAUCAUGUACUGUAUGUGUCCAGCAAGGUACUGAUGUAAAAUCUAUAUCUUUGUGCUUUAGUUGUGUAUCAGGAUGUUUACUGUAAGUGGUCCAGCAGAAAUAGUGAUUAAUAAUAAUGACAUGUCACAUAUUGUAAGUUCCAUAUUAGAGAGUUCUCAAUACUUUAACAACAAUAAUGGAUUAUUAAUAACAUAGAAAGGAAAGUGAGAAAACUAUUGCAGACAUAUUUAAAGUACUUAAGGUAUAACAAAAAUAAAUUCAGCGUUUACAUUUAUGCCUUACUUUUAUAUGUAAAAUCAUCCCUGGUUGUAUAAUUACACUAUGUGUUACUACCCUUGUGUAAUUAUCAUGUGUAUACCUGAAGGAAAAUAGAGUGAACACAAUUAAUAUUCAAACUCUAUUAGUUAAAAGAACAUUUCCUUUCCUCUGUAUGUCUUUGCAAACAUCAUAAGAAAUAAAAAAUCUCAAUCUGGAUUAUCUAAGUGUG